CUUUUAGCAUACUCUACGAUGAAAAGUCUUUCUUUUCCUGUAACCAAACGAAAAAGUCGGCAUUUCCGCACCGGUGCCGUGUACAAUAUAGCGAAAACUUAAAUCUUAUCGAAAUCGGAUUACUUCUUAAUCUGAUUUGUUUUCUCGGUGUAAAGUUGGAGGAUCUUAAAACGAGCUUGGUUCUCACAUAAAUAUAUUCGUUCAAAGUUCUAUUCUAGUUUUCAUUUUCAGAUCGAUCUCUGAAUUGGCAGGUUCCUCCCAUUUCAAACACAAGGCCUGGUUGUUUUGAUCCUUGGGGGUCUUCUACUUCUCAUUCGCCCUCCCACUGACCCUUAUCAAGAUGUCGUCGGAACACGAAAUGUGUCCCAAUUGUAAACGGGACAUUCCGUUGUCCGUGUACACCACCCACACGGCUCAUUGCGCCCGAAAUUUUGUCGUGUGCAAAGAUUGCGGCGAGACCAUAGAGCGAUUCGACAUGGUGGAGCACAAGCGCAAUGCUCAUGCCAUCAUGGUGUGCGAUCAAUGCGGGGUCAAGGUGGAGGCCCGCAAGCUCAACGACCAUCGGAGUUUCCUUUGUCCAAAGUUGUUAUUGGUAUGCAAAUACUGCGACCUCGACGUUCCGGCCUCCAAUUUGUCUGAGCAUGAAUGUCACUGUGGGGCUAAAGAUGAAAGAUGCCCACACUGCGAGGCCUGGAUUCCACUACGCGAUCUGGACAAGCACAUGAGCCAGUUUCAUGGUCUCUACAACGCCAGAAGCCAGAGUCGACCGCGUCGCGAAGGCUCCUUGGCCCCACGACCUUCGUCCUCGCAAACGCGAGUAGGACCAGAUUGGUCCACCGAGCACAGCACCGACACCUCUGCUAUGCUUCCUUGUGAAUUUUGCGAGGGUCUGGUACCAAUUCAUAAAUUGCUUGAACAUCAGGCGGAGUGUGUCAAUCCUAGUAAUGUUCGGGGCAGCUCCACCCUGCUUUCCUCUCCGUCGACCUCUUCAUUUGCAAGCGGUCUCUCACGUUCCCAAUCUAUGGUAUCCAAUGAUUGGCUUCAAAUCCCAAACAAAAUCAAGAUCCAUCGCCAAUCCUCUGCUGUGGAACCCACUCAUGAGAGAGCUUCACGAAGGUCCUCCCGAGUCACUCGACAGGAUAAUGAUGAUGAACCCUUCCAAAUGCCCUGCCACAUUUGCAAUCAAAUGAUCCCCACCGAAAGAAUUGAGAGACAUCAAAUGACAUGCGUGAAAAUGCCUGACUCUGGCCACGCCAUCCGGGCCGCCAGCAUCACCAGGACCAUGAGUGCUCGAGAAGCUCGUGCCACCACAGAAGACAGGACCAUGCGGAGCGUUUAUCGGCAAAGUUCCUUCAAUGACCACUCUUCAUUUCGAAGAGCCGAGAGCCUCUCUCGACAACCCUCGAUGUCCCGGCCUAGCCGUUAUACUAGUCUCUAUGGGACUACCUACAGCCACGACUAUGUGUCCGCUUCCCGUCGAACGACCAUGUACAAUGGAUAUUCGGGCUUUGCCAUGUAUAAUAGCAUCUCCCAAGGAUUAGAUGAAAUCUCCUAUGGGGGAAGAUUAUCGAGAAGAAACAGCAUAUCUGAUUCUCGACGAACAUCGACCGUAACUUCACCCACGUCCAAUGCCGACUAUACUCUGCCCACUCUCUUGGCCACUUAUGAGGCCACAAAGUCAUCUUCGGCAACAUCAGGUGGAGGUGUGGGAGGAGGAGGAGGAGGUGUUCGAGGCUCUUCCCUUUCUCGGCAAAAUUCCGUUCGUGUCGAUGCCCAUAAAUCAUACCAGGAGAGGCUUGGAAGGGACCUCAAUAGAUCGGAAUCAAUAAUUUCAAAAGAAGGCAAGGAUGUGCCCAAAUCGAGGCAAGACUCCUGCCGUCGAAAGGAGCGAGCUCCAAGAGAUCGCGAAGAGAAGCCCACGUCUGGCGGUAGCAUCAAACGAAGGGUCUCCUUCAACGAUAAAGAAUCCAAAUCAGGCCUCGCCAUCCACCAGGAUGAACAAGGGGGAACCAAUGUGCCGAAUAAGCCUCGAAGACGAAAGGAUCCGUUAAAGGAGCGGAAAUCCGGCAAGUCCAAGAAAAGAGACAAGUCCCACGAUGUGGUGAUUCAAUUUGACGAGAAACGCAAAUCUCAACCGGUGGGUGAUGAGCUCUUUGUCAAAGUGAGCACGAAGUUGAAAGAAGUCGAGAGAGAGCGAAAUCUUCAGGAUGAACGAGAAAAACUUAUGUCCGGUGGUAGCGAAAGCGAGUCAGUCGCAUCCAUGACGUCGUCCUGUCAAAGCAAAAAUGAAGAGAAUAAGAAACAGGGCAAAAAGCUCAAUAACGCCUCGGAGCAUGCCGCACAAGGCAAAGUGUCGAGCACAGACGAGAAUGACCUAAAACUGUCGACAAGCAACGUGCAAAUGGUCGAGACUUUGUCAUCUGGAGGUCAUCACAAUUAUCAUGGCAAAGAAAAGGUGAACGUCUCGUCCUCAUCCUCUUUGGCCUUGUCCAUGUAUGAAUCGGGCUACAGCACAGCAGCAUCGAUGGCAUCGGUACCCUCUCAUGAGGAUCCCAAGGGCAACAGCUACGGCAAGCUAUAUUCCACCAACAGCUUCGACCAAGAUCGAGCUUUCGCCGAGAGCUCGGCUGGCUCGUCCAAGGCCACGACCUCUUCCGAGGCCAGUCCUCAACAGAAACCUAGGCAAAGCCGCAAUACCCAACACAAUAACCCGACCUCGAAGAACGAGGUUGCGGGAGAUGAGCCCGAUCAACUUCGUCGUUUUCCUGAAGUGUCCACAGAGUCCAAGUCUAGCUCGAAGCGCAACUCUUUGGAUGGGAAAACGGUGCAAAAUCUGGCCCAAGAUUUGGCUGCAGAGUGUGCCAAGGCCUAUGCACUUAUGGAAAGCAGCUUGUCGAAGUUGUCCACUGAAUUUGCAGUCGGACCUUUUGGCAUCACUCCAAGGCAAAAGAAGCAGAGGAAAUCCCAAACCACUUCCACUCAAAAUUGAAGAGGAUCAUCAGACCUGGCUGGCGCUGGAAACGAAAUUGCCACCACUUCUUAAAAUUCAUUCUUGAUGAUGAGCAAAGCAUCAUCGACACAUCUUCAUCCACUGCCAAACUCGUGGAGAUCAGCAAUUGUAGUAAUCUUUUUUUUUAUUGUUAUUCAUGUUCAUUUUGUUAUUCUUAUUAUUGGUAGAUGUUGUUGAUAGAGACACUUCAGAUGGUGAUAAUGAAUGUAUUGUAUGACAAUGUUUCGAGUUGGAGAGGUAAAUUUGAAAUUUGAGAAGAAAAACGGAUCAAGA